AUGACAGUAGGAUUUGUGCCUCUGAACACUGGAGCCCAGCUUCCACUAUUUGGCCUGGGAACCUGGCAAGUCAAAGAUGAGACCGAGUUGACUGUGGCUCUUCGAGCCGCUCUUGAUGCUGGAUACAGACUUAUCGACACCGCGCAUCUUUACCAAAAUGAGCACAUCAUUGGAAACGUCCUCCAUGAGUACAUCUCGUCUGGAAAAAUCAAGCGUGAAGAGCUUUUCAUCACCUCGAAACUCCCAUUCGUUGCACAUGCUCCAGAAGACGUGGCCGACUGUGUGGACAGCCAAUUGAAGGCGUUGCAAUUGGACUAUAUUGAUCUGUACCUCAUCCAUUGCCCAUGCCCAUUCAAGCACCAAGACGGUAGUUUGUUGCCGCUUUUGCAAGAUGGAAAGUUGGUUUUCGAUGAUGUGACCUCCCAUAUGGACACCUGGAAGGAGCUCGAGAAGCUUUACAAUGCAAAGAAGCUCAGAGCUCUCGGAGUAUCAAACUUCAGUGCGAAACAACUCCAAGAACUCUACGACCAGGCAACAGUGAAGCCCUCAAACAUCCAAGUCGAGUGCCACAUCUACUGGCCCCAAGAAUCCCUGCGUGCUCUGUGCAAAAAACUCGGCGUAACGUUUACUGCGUACGCGCCACUUGGCUCUCCAGGCAGAAAAGCUGCUCGUCCGGACGGUGUGUGGCCAGAGGGUGACCCACUUCUGGAGCCUGUCGUCCAACAACUGGCAGCCAAGUAUCACAAAACUGCUGCGCAAAUUCUGAUUCGCCACCUGACUCAGCAUGGUAUCUCCGCUAUUCCGAAGAGCAUCAGUCCGGAUAGAAUUGUGGAGAACAUUUCGACUUUUGACUUCCAUUUGAGCGAUGAGGAUAUGCAUGCAUUGGAUACCGUACCCACUAGAACCAGGCUUUUCCUCUUCGAUUUGUGA